UGGGCCGACGAAGCCGUGCGUAUGUGAUAGCGAUUAGAUAAGCUGGGCGACUCGCUGGUACGGACACGGUGGCACAUCGACCACACGCUGCUCAGUUGUUGUCGAACAGCUGUGGCGAGUGCACGCUCACGGACCCACGGUGUUCGGGCCUUAUUGCCCGUGUAUCCUGUAUCUUCAAUCAGAUCUUUCGGUCGCUCUCUGUGUGUGUUUUGCGUACCGAUCGCGUGUUGGCUAUUGAAGUUAAAGAAGAAAAAAAAAACACGGAUGAAAUAAAAGGACGCGAUCGAUCUGCACCGAUUCGAUUGCGUUCGAUUAAGUGGGUAAGUGCGGGUGUAAGUAAUUUUUGUGAGUUAGAAGUGUAAUGCUAGACAUUUGAAGCGGCAAAUUACCGUGUUUGUGUGAGUUAGUGUUUUAUUUUUUCUUUCGAUUGUUGGAAAAUGGCGCUUCGGCCAUCUGUGGCCGUUUUGAGCCGGAAAAACGUGAUUUAAAAAAAUGAAUUUAAAUUUGAGUAAAGUGAAAUGAACACACGACUGAACAAAACGUGAACUGUUUGUGUGAGUGAAUUUGGCUUCGGGCUCAGGCCUAACCCACCCGGCAUAGUCGAGGGGUUGUCACCUAUCAACCUAUUUUCUCCCGAACCCGCGUGUGUAUGUGUGUUUUUGUGUGUAUGCGUUCGACACAAUUCGCAGCAAAAUGAGCAACCCUACGAAACGGUCCACAUUUCGGUGACUUUCAUCAAUCAAUCAUACCGUAGCGGAGGCAACGCAGCAGCAGCUGCACACACACACCCGUACAUAUACCCUGACCUACCCAGUCGGGGUCGGCAAGAUCGAGAAGCUUCAAUCAAAUCUAAUCUGCCAGCUUCCGGUAGGAUUUUCCGGUACACCGUUGUAACGAAACGGUAGCGAGUAAAACCCGCUAACCGAACGUCAUGCGUUCACCAUCGAUCAGCGAUGUGAAGGGCAUCCCGGAGGAGUUUGUGGCGGCCGUGAUGCAGGUGCUGCUGGGCGAGAAAAACUACAGCGUCAAUGGCGAUUACAGUGCACCGUCGCUCAAACCGGUCGUCGCCCGGAUCUAUCCGCUGUUCAUCCUGCUGUACGCAAUACCGACCGCGGUUGGGCUGACGCUGAACGUGAUGGUGAUCGUGUACAUCAGCAAGUACAAGCUGUACCGGGACGCGACACACGCGUUCCUGGUCAACCUGGCGGUGUGUCACUGUGUCCAGAGUGCGUUCGUUCUGCCGAUCACGCUGAUGGUGAUGAUGAUCCAGAACUGGGUGUUUGGGCAAUUUUUGUGCUUCUUCUUGCCGUUACUGCAGGAUAUCCCGCUGCACGUGGCGAUGCUAUCACACCUGCUGAUUGCCUGGGACCGCAAGCGUUGGCUCACCGAUCCGCUCAAGGUACGGUUGCCGGCAUUCGUGUGCAGCUGCGCUUCCUGGCUGGCCGGUUUGGUCAUCGCCCUGCCGUACCCGAUCUAUACCACGUAUCUGGAUCUGGAGAUAUAUCUGCCCGGGUUUUCCGGUGUAGGAAUCUGUGCGGUCAACUUGGUCGACGACAUGCAGGAGUAUACGCGCGGUCUGUUCGUGAUCAUGUACUGUGCACCGAUGACUCUGCUCGGCUAUCUUUACAUCCGCACGUCCCGUGAGUUGCGUCCUCCGGAUGGGCCACUCUCGAUAAUGAUGUUCGAGGCACGGGCUGAGGCACGAAGCCGUCAGAUCCGUCUGUCUAAAGCGGGCCGUGGAAAAGGCACGUCCGGAACGGCUGGUGGUGGAUCGGCGGCACGCGAAGGCACACCGGAACAGAGCGGAACGUCGGGCACGGCAACGGGCAACUCGCCAGCCAUCGCAGCGUCAGCCAAUUUGAGCGGCAACUCCCGGACCUACGAUCUGUACGACGCGGAGGCGGACGUCAACCGGGAAAAGCGCACCCAACGGCACCUGGGAGCGAUGGCCUCGUCCCAGGUACUGUGCGUCUGUCCGCUAAUGAUUCUCAGGCUCGCCAGGAUGUCGGUGGCGGAGACAUACGAGAACCAGGCACACUACGACAUCACCUUUCUAAUGUUUGUCUGGAUCGCCUUCCUGCCGACCAUCAUCGUGCCGUGGAUGUAUGCGUCCUGGGUGCUCUCGAAACCAACCAAGGAACGUUUGCGUGGCUACUUACGUUUGUCGUCUCGCCGAAACACAAACACCCGAUCGGAGCAGUCCACCGAGGAGAUAGGCAGUACACCGUUAGCUCAAAGCCAGGUAAAAGCUACAGCUGCCACAACUCCGAAGUCGUCCGUUGCUUCACAGAAAUCAUCAAGCGCGUCGAAAGUUCGGCCCGGUUCUCCAUCACCCCGUCGCACAGCGCCCGUCCGUUCCGGCGUUCGUGCAUCCUCGCUCCAGUCCGAGGCACCGACCUUGAUGGCACCGAACGGCACAGCUACCACCUCCUUGAGCAUCGACAGCGAAUCUACCAGAUCUCCAGCAGGUAACAGUGCCCGCACGGUCGAGACAACGAUUUCGCGCCAAUCGUCAACGGGACGGCCGCGCCGUCAACUACCGCCACCGUUACGCAUCGAGGAGAGCAACUUCCACAAGACGCCCUCGGUGAAGUCUAACCGGACGCUCACCUCAAGCGCUCACAAUUCGUCCAUCCGGUCGACGGCAAGCCGGGUAAGCAGGACCAGUAGUACUGCUCCACUGUACCCACGCCGUUACAGUACCCACAGUCGCCAAACGCCUCAACUCUCGCAGGCAGAAGAUGAGGACGAUGUGAGUUCCCUCGUUGGAAAUAGUUCGGAUAUUACUUCCAGCACGUACUGUGACCGGGGUCCCGAUCCAGGCCCACUGUACGUGGACGAUCCGCUCGGUGUCGGUACGCGUCGGGCGAACACCAGUACGCUAGUAGCACCGUACCGUCGCCGUAGUUCCGCUCAAACCCAGGCUUCGUCUCAUCUCUCCUCAACACGCCCACUCUACCCAUCCACACCGGAUGAUCGGGACGGUGGUCAACCGAUUGCCGGUGGUGGUGUUGGUACUUCGGGCACCGGUGAGGACGACGAUGACGAGUCGGAAAUUUUCAGCUCCGUAUCGCAACCGUCCGCCCGCAAACGACCGGUCGGCAUCCUGAAGGCGACGCCCUCGAUCGUGUCGAUCAGCGAGAGCGAGUACUCGUCGCGCAAGGGCUCGUUCAGCACGCUGUCCCGCGAUCUCGAGAUCAUCGAUCAGCUCGAGCGUGAACGGAGCAUGGACAUACAGGAGAUGAUACAGCGCGAGAAAACGUACGAACAGUAUCUGGUUCGGCAAAACUCGAAACUCAAAUUUUCUACCAACUUUGAUGAAUAUUUUGAAGCAGCUGCUGCAGCGGCCGCGACAGCUACCCUUCCGGAGCCACCGCCAUAUCAGACGGGUGGUGCUCAGCUUCCACCGCAACCUUCCGCUCAGCUUCCCACGCCACCGGCCGCGGCCGGUAGUUUGUCGCCUAGGCGAGCCCGGUCUCCGAUGCACCGGAGAGGUAGCCAGUUGCCAACCGGCAACCAACUACCCGCCAUCCCGUUGGCGACCGAGCGUACGCAGGCGUUUGGACCCCGCCGAUCGCUAGAACUUGAGCGUCGGUUCCAUCGGACGUACUCGACGAGUGGUUCGACGCGCAGCUCGACAAAAUCGCGGGACCGCAUCACCUUCCAGGACGAUGUCUGAGAAUUGGGCAAGAGCGGUGGUGGAGUGGGUGGUAAGCUGGCACUGCGUACCGGUGGUGCCGAGCGUAGCCCUGGUCGAGAUAUACUCGUUUAGAUCUCGUCCCACUGACCGCUCCGAUGACCGAUGGGUUUGGUGGGCUGGAGCAAAAAUAGAGGAUUCGAGCUGACGCAUUUGGGGACUAUUGUGGAGAGAACUCUUGAGCUAACUCCUCUAGUUUUCUUCUGCCUGACAAGCUUUUUUAUAUGAGAAAGACUUCACAAAAACAGUCGAGUAUAAUGGUGGUUGGAGGAAAAAUGGAGGACUUCAGCUGUCGAGCCUGAGUUGAUGAAUUCCUGAGGACUCGCUCGCUCUAAGGGACUAUUUCGGAAAACUUCUGAGUUGUCAACUCUAUAGAUGAGCUCCGGUGCACUCGUUCACUCUUGGGGACUACUUGGGAGAACUUCUGAAAUGUAUCCUAUGUACAGGAAGACUACGAGGGUCCCAAGCUGUCGAGUGUGAAGGACUCCUGAGAACUGGCUCGCUCUUGGGGACUGCAUUGUCUGAACCGUUGACAACUUAAUGUCGCUAUGACGAAAACUACGAGGAUCCCAGCUGCCGAGUUUAAAGCGCUUCUGAGCUGAAGAACUUCUGAGGACUCACUCGCUCUCUGGGACUGUUUUGGAGAACUUGUGAGCAGUCUCCUCUGUACAGGAAUACUCCAACUCUUGCGUUUGAAUAACUCCUGAGGACUCUCUCGCCUUUGGCGUCUGUAUUGUCUAGAACUCGUGAGCUGUCUCCUCUAUUUUUCUUCUGGCUGGUCAUAUCUUUUUAGUUCUAGCUACGAGGAAGACUACGACCUCUGACAGGACGAGUGAUAUGGUCUUCCGUUCCAAGCAGUAGUUGGCGUAGCAAUGCAACGUUAACAGGUUUAACAGUUUACCCAUCAGUGUCAAACUGCUGGAAAUUAACUAGAUGCAAAGCGGUCCACCCAACACCUUAACCCUGUGCUGCGGUCGAAUAUGAGCCGCAGCAGUGUUUGGGAAAGGACACGCCCGUACCGCCCCCAUUUCGUGCGUGUGUGUGUGUGUGUGUGUGUACGUGUGCUUCUGUAUGUUUGUCACAGUGAGUGGCUUAUUGUAUUUAUUUCCCACCACAGGAGCACAGCUCCCUUGGCGUGGGCGAAGAUCCUAGACCUCCGCGCAUCAUAUAAUUGUCGUAUUCCCAGUGGCGUAGAGCGAGGCUCACGCUCUCCGUACCAUCGACGGACGGUGUGGCACCGUCAGUUAACGACGCCACACCCGACGCGGACUGUGGUUCUCGCUGGCAAAUAUACACGCACGCACACGCACGUGCUAUCUCCACUAGCUAGAGACCAGGGAGUUCCCGACCUUGCUCAACGUCCGCAAAAUGCCAGCGUGCUGUGAACAUUACGGGCCACGGGUGUUGAAUAUUUGCCAUCGUUUAGCUUAUUGGUUUCGGUCGUGUGUAGUUCGCGUGUACCUUUCUUGCCCAGGAUGGGUGGGUAAUUUUCAACGAACUAAAUGCCCAGCUUAUUACCAACCGUUCGGGCUCAGUGCUGAUGCUGAGUGCAGUGGACGGACGGUGCUGAUAACAGUGAUUGUAUCGCAGUCGAUUCACUAACGAUAGCUACUGAUAGUUAAGCGGCAGAUACAGAGCUUUUGUUUUUGGAGCUUGCAAUAUUCAGGACCCCCAAAACUAUGAGUGUUUAGAUCCGCCAUUUUUAGUCCAGCCAUUGAAUAGAAAAAAAGCUGCUCUAAUUUGCAUUACUCGGUGAUGUGUUUUGUGCUAACAAUAGCUGUCAAACCCCGUCGAGGACUCACUGAUACCUAGGAUAUUCCCUAGGGCACGGCCUUCGGCAAGAUAUGCGUUGCUGUUUAAAAAUAAAAAAAACCCAAUUCUUGCAUAUUCAAGACAAUAAGUUCAAUAUUAAGCAGAUUGUGGCCCGGUUUUUGUUUUUGCUGAUGUACUUCGCGUUCUAUAUUCUAUGCGAGUCGAGUAUGAACAACAAAAACCCCUUGAACUACAUGUGAGAUCCCCCUGACCGGGUUUCGGGGAGUUCGACCGAAAACAGACCACACACACUUCCCCGGCAUGUGCAUGCUGGACCCUAAUGAUGGCACGUGCCGGCUCAAUCCACCAACACACCGUGGGCUGUCAGUUUACGCUCUAUUGGGGAAUGGGAUGUAAUUGAAAUAGGGCCCCCAUCAAUACUUGGGGGACCCGUUUUCGAUGGUCCCCCGGCCCCGGUUAUUGCGGUUGUUGUACGGAGCAAUCGUUCGUAAAACGGUUCGUUGUCUGUUCCCUUCCCUCACCCCCCCCCCCCCACACACACACACGUGGAAAACCACAAUUAAAUCAACCACAACGGUACAGCCACAUUAUCCGCACAACGGCAGAACACAAAAGGCUGCUGUUCCUGUUGAUAAAUUUUCCAGCCCAUUAUUAUCAAUUACCCAGAGGAUCGGCGGGAUGCAUCGUACCUGCUGGAAUUUCCCUGUGUGUGUGUGGAUGUGUGUGCGUGUAUUUGCAAGUGUUAGAUGCCCGAUACACUCGGUGCGAAAAGCGAAGGUAAUAGAAGCCCAACGUUCGGUGUCAACGAGCAUUUAGGCCUGCUGUUAGCUUCACUUUUUUAUAUUUUGCGCGGAUGACUAAUAUGUCUAAAGUUGUAAAAAAAGCAAAACAAAAUGGCCAAAACAGGACGUCAAAGCAUGUGAUUUUUUCAUAGAAGCUCGUACCGUGUUUCUCGGGUUGCAGGACAAGUGUCUACAUGUUUAUAAGAACUGUGCAGAUCAAGCUAUAACAACGUGAAAGCUGUGGAUUGUCUUUUAUUUGUUUGGUGUAUCAAAUCCACUUGCGACCUUAUUGCCCCUGAAAAACUGACAGCCAAAGGUAUAAUUCAAGCCAGCCAGGGCCAAAAGCAUUUAAUUUUAUUUAUUUAUUUAUUUAUUAUUACGGUCAUACGCCGUAUUGUCGUUUAAUUUUAUUUAUUUGAGAAAAAUUAGAAUUAAAAAUCUUUGUUUUUGUUGUUUUUCUCUUGAAGCAUCGCAUUAUUAGCUCAUGUUGCACCGACGCUCUAGAAAUGUAAACAUUAACAAUCUUUAAUAAAUAAUAAGUUUAAAAAAUAUAUUUUAUAACUCUCAUACAGAUUUUAUGCACUUUUUAUAUUUUAAUUUUAUUUUAAGGUAUUAGAAUUAUUAUUUUAACAAAUAAAUAUGGCCUACUUAGUGAGUGAGCUGUCAAAAUGGUACAUUAAAUGUCAAACGUAUAGGGAUGAAUUUAUUGUUAUUCGUUUAAAACUAAUAUAGUUUGCUGCACUGUUUAAUAGAAACAAUGUUAAAAUUUUGAAAAAAUUAAACCUUCGGUCAUCAUCGUAGAUCCCAUUAUUUUAAACAAUAUGUUUAAUCGCCUAGAACCAAUGUAAUUUUGUUUUGUUGGUUUGUGCUGCAAAAUGGCACCUAGAGUAUGGGAAUAGCUCUGUCCGUAAACUAGCGGCUAGAAGCAGCUAAGUUGGUUAAUAUUUGUCCUGUAACACACUGCUUUUUUUACAUUUUUAGCAUUUAGACGGUCACUGUCAGGUAAACAUUUCACUGCGUCAGGUGUGACAAUAAUUUCUCAAUUAAUUGUACUGAAUUCAGAUAUUUGUAUUUUUUAAUUUUCUAGUGGAAAUUCAUCGGCCGAAAUUAUCAAAAAAAAGUCUUACCAAAAAGAAUAAAAAUUUAAUAUUUUUACGAGUCCUUUGCCGUACGCAGAACCCUUUUUUCUCUGAUUGUUUGUUUUCUUUUUUUUCUGUCACCGUUUUCGGUUUUUUGGUUUAUUAAGUUAAGCUGUUUUGAGGUUUAUUUUUUUAUUUUUAAACAAUUCUGUAAUAUUAUUUUUUCCAGUAGGUUGCAACUCAUUUUCCUACCAUGUAUUUUGCAUUGCUUUUUUUUAUUCUAGUAUUUUUUGUCUAAUUAGUAAAAAAGUCCCAAAAGUUGCAUGGAGUACACUUGUACGCUAGCCAAUGUAGAAGUGCACAGUGUAAUGAGAAGUUAGGACCAAAUAUUUCAAUUUAAAAGUCACACAGUCAGUUUAAUAAUUUUUUUCAAUCAUUCUUAUUUGGCGUUCUCAAAUGUAGUAAUAGUUAUGAUAUAAUUUUUAUGAAAUUUUAAACUCAAAUAAUUAAUUAUUAACUAUUUCUUCAUUAAGUAUUUUGUAUAUUUUUUAAUACGUACUACAAACUACUACUUAUUGCAUUUUUAACCAGUUUAGCAAGUUUAUAAAAGUUUUAUUUAAGACACAUUUGAAUUCAAAAUUGUUUGAUUUAUUUUACUAUUAAAUAUGACUAAAGUAGGUAACAGUAUUAAGUUAAAAUAUAGUUGAAUCUAUUAGAGACACAAAAAAACGAUAAAAUUUAUAAAAAAAUCUAUUGAAUAAUAAUUUAUAAUAACUUAAAACACAUUUUUAAUACAUGGCAAUUUAUGUAAUUAAGUUUUAGUUUAAAUAUUACUUUUAUGUACUAUAUACUCAUGCACAAAUUUCACAGUGAACCUCUACACAACUUGCAUGUUUCGUACAACUUGUGAGCCUUUUCUACUCCCUAGUACUGUUUUUUCCUGUUCAAGUACUUUAUUACUUUUUCUUUUCUUUUUCUAGUUUUAUCUCUUUUUGCCAUAUAUUUCUCUAAAAUUGUUUUUUAGAUCUUUGAUCUAAAUCUGUUUAGAAAACUGAAUGUAAAAUAUUAAUUUCGUUAGCUUCAAGUUUAGGUGCGUUAGCGAAAAAUUCAUCCUAGCAUUUAAUGUGAUUUAACAGUUAAAGUGUAAGUAAGCCUUGCUAUCGUUUGAAAGCACUUUACCGUUUCGGAUGAAGAUAGCAACGAAUUGGAGACACGGCACUUCCCUUGAUUUUAACUUGAUUUUUUUAUGUUUAACAAAAACUGUCGCUGAACAAAAUAAAACAGGUGGACAAAAUUUAAUAAUUUCUUUGUAAUUGUCUGAACAACCGUCAGUACUCAGAUCACCUUUUUCCGGGGAGGUUUUGAGCAUUCGCUGACAAACACAACCACAUACACAGCCAUAACUUUCUUCACUAUACGCGGCACACAUUGAGCUAUUGAUGGCAAGUAGUUUCUAGAACAUGGCGCUAAAGCAUAAACCGAAAGGAAGGAGAAUUUGUGUGUUAAAUUGCGACCAGACAGUGGGUUGGAUGCAAAAAGGAGGAAUCUUAUUCAAUACUGCACAGAUUUUGUCCUACUGUACCCCCAGGGACAAGGACAUUCACUAUUUGUUGAUGUUUAAGCACACCAAGUUCUGCUCUGCUGAACACUCUGAAAGAGUGUUCAAAAGCUAGGAAAAAAUAUGCUUCUUUAGUAUAAAUGAUACAGUGACUAACAAUAGUAAUAGACCACUUUGAUGUACCUUGUUCUUUAUCUUUUGCGUAUAAAAUUAUACAUUUGACUAUAUAGUGUUGGGCUGAAUUUGGCAAGUACUUACUGCAAUGAUUUUUCAUUCCCAAUGGAAAAAAAACAUCAAAAAGAUGCAUAUAAUCGAAUUUUACAUUGAUUCAAUAAUAAAAUCAUUUUCAAAAUCAAUUGAUUUUAUUCUAUUACCUGUCACUGUAUGUAAGGAAGCUGCUUUCACCAAGAAAAUCCGUAAGGAAAUUCGUAUUUUUUUACUAUGUAAAUGUUCAUUGCUAUUCUUUCAUGAGAAGUAACACUCUUUCCCCCCCCCCCACCCACGAAAAAACUGCAGAAACGUCACAAGGCAACGAAUAGUCUACAUCCACCGUAGUAGUGAGCGAGCUUGUUCACUCGAACCUGAGACGGACUUAUUGCUUAAAGCAGUCUACGAAAGAAACAAAAUAAAACUGUGGUUUCAACUAUAUUGCAUUUAUAUCGCGUAUUACAAGCAGAAUGAUGUUUAAUGUUUGGUGUUACCUGUGUUAAUGGAGUUUAAAUGUGCUUCAGAAAUAUUGCCGCCCGUCGGUGUUUUCGUGUUGCACACACAAAUACUUUGAAGAAGAGAGCGAGAGGGAGAGAGAGAAUUAGAAAACCGCCAUAAGGCGUUAGCAUUUUUUUAUAUAAAUAUAUAUACGUAGAUCUUUAUGCGCCACCAGGCGCCUCCAUUGUGAACGUGAGGAACCAGGCGUCUCCAUUAUGCACGUGCGCCACCAGGCGUCUCCAUUACUACAGAGCACAUGUGAAGCGGUGGAGAGAUAGAAUAAACGAAAAUUGAUCUUUUUAAAAUGCUGUUAAUAUGACGUAAAAAUCACAUUCCCGUGAAUAAAAAGGUAUAAUGUAACCUUUGGUGCCAUACGAGAACAAAGGAGUAAGAAAGGAAAACAAAGAAAACCUUCAAACUCGAACUGUACAGCGUUUGGUUUUGGAAUAUAUCUAGGACAAUAUAUUUAUAUACAUAUAAAUUGGUUUGGCGUAUGAUUGGACUAAUUUUGAUUUCGAAACAAAAAUAAACAUCAUGUACAAAACCGCUCAUGAAAAUAUCUUUAAACUAUACUAGAGCUAGGUAAACAUGUUUUGAAAUUGGUAAGCGAAAAAACAAAACAUUUAUAUUUAAUUUACCUUACCGCAGUAACGUAACUUGACGUGUGGGUAAAGGGCAAAAACAAAAAACAAAGCAAAACGAACCAAAAUUGUGAUCACUAUUAACUAUUAGCAAAUCGGCGCCUAGUAUCUGGCGACUUCAUCUAUAUGCGGAAGAAGGCAAACCGUUAAUGCAAAACAAAAAACACAAAACCAUAACUUAUAUGGCUCGGUACGUAUCGGAUAGAUAAAGCAAAUCGGCGUCUUUGCGCCAAACAAAAAUGUAACGAAUAAAUAUGGCGAACUGAACGUGAUAAGCGAGCGAGGUGUGUAGCGUGCGAUGGUGUCAAUGUGUUUACAACUGUUUAACAAUAACGAACCCGGUACCAGGUGCGGUACGAUAAUUAUGUGUUUUUAAUCAACAACUUCAAACUCCCGUGAAAUGGAAAGGUGUGCUAAAACCAACCGAGGAGAGGUGUGUGUUACGUGUUGGCUUUCCUGAUCCCAUUGCUCCCGCGUGUACGGCGUGCCGGCUUAACAUUCGUCUAAACAGCCACUAAUCAAGCUAACUGUUCAGUGUAUCCAAACCCAAAAAAAAAACCAGCCAGCAUCCAAUGAAAGCACAUGGUAAUAAUCGCUUAGCAAAGACACUACCGGGUGUCUUUCUUAGGAGGAUUUUGCCGACUGAUUUUGUUCUCGAAAAAGGUUACAUCGAAUGGAUAAAUAUGUAAAGGCUAAAUACGUACACACGCGCACUCACACACGCGAAUUUAAUCAAAAAAUCAAAAUAAGAUUUAAACAACCAAUACCGAUUGGUUUCAUCGUAGUUUUUGGCACUAGUAGCAUCAUUGUAAGAAGGAGUUGAAGAAGAAUGUAUUAGCCACAGACACGAAACAACUGUAAUAAUAUUUCAAAAUGAACGACGCAACACUCCUAACCUAACUCGUCUUCAACACUUCUCUCCUUCCUUUAGCUUUUCCUUUGCUCCGGUACUCUGUAAACUAUCUGAAAAUUUUUCCAAUCUUUCAAACUCCUUCCUAAACCAGCCUAAAAACUAAAACUUUGCUCCAAAACGACGAGAGAGAAUGGAUGAAAAAUUUGUAGUGCCCCGAAUCGGGUAGACGUUUGAUCAAUUUGAAACCCGAACAAAAAAUUAAAAAAUGGCGAUAUUUAACAAAAAAAAACACAAACAUUCAUACUACUUAAAUGGAAAACUGUGUGUGUGUUUGUAUGGAUGUGUGGGUGUGAGAUGAAAUCAAAAAAUUCUAUGCAAAAAUUUUUUGCACAGCGAACACAUGUCAAACUGGGCGAGCAAAGCAGCAGCAAAGCGAUAAUGGUAAAAGAAAAGAAAAAACAAUUUUAUAUCAAUGAUGGUCGUAAUGUGCUGAGCUAUAGAACCCCGAAAGGGCCUUUAUAACAAUGAACUCCAUAAAACCAUUAUUCAAAACGCAAAAAUCAAAUGUUAACUGAAGAACAAACGUAACUGUUUCAAAUACACAAAAAACAUACUUACACACAAACACAAAAGAGACACACACACACACACACCUCUUUGGAAACACGUUUGAAGCAAAUUAAGUAAAAAAAACACAUGCACACAGACAUACACACCUUGGUAAAGCCGCGUGAAGAUGCGUCAGGCGAAUCUCACAUACGCGCAUUUCUACAAACACACGCGAGACACACACACACGCACACUACCAGUUUACCCCAUGUCAGUGUAAAACGUCAGUGUAAAACGACAGCGGAAGGGGCAGAGAGUGAGAAACCACACUCUAGUAAAAUCGGUGUAUGCAUAUGAAAAAAAAAAAACAAAAAAAUACAAACCAAAAAAAUUCUUCUGCGAA